AACCCUCGCAGAAUCUCUCCAAAGAUUCUUUCUUUUUUUAGUUACGACCGGAGAUAUGGCUUCCGUCUGCGUCAACAACGCCGGUGUUUCGCCGGCGGGAUACGGGUGGUCGAGCCGAGAAGAAAGGUGCUCUUCUUCCUCCCUCGUCAAGGAAUCUGAUACGCACCAAGAAGAUCCAGUGGUGGAUUUCGAGUUUUGUCUCGAAGAUCCGGUCAAAAUGCUCUCCGCCGACGAGCUCUUCUCGGACGGGAAACUCGUACCUCUGAAGUUCUCUGGCUCGAAGACGGAGCCACAGGCGUCGCCGGAGGUCUUGAAACCAUGCCGGAGGCUAGAGAUGGAGAUCUCCGACCUCUUCUCCCCGAAAGCUCCUCGUUGCACAACUAGAUGGCGAGAGCUUUUAGGCCUCAAGAGGCUUGUCAAGGCACAUGAUUCUGUUAAAAUGACGACGUCUUCUUCCUCCUCCUCCUCCUCCUCCAGAAACCUCAAAACGCCGUCGUUUAAGCAAUUUCUUCACCGUGGAUCCAAAUCCUCCUCCACUGCCUCGUCGCCGUCUCCGCUGCUCAAGGAAUCAGACGUCUCCGAAUCGAUCUCGAUCGCCUCUUCGCGUCUAUCCCUCUCCUCCUCCUCCUCCUCCUCCGGCCACGAGAUCGACGACCUUCCCAGGCUCUCGCUCGAUCUCGACAAACCCAGUCCCAAUCCCUUCGCUCCCUCUCGGACCCAUUUACGCAACCCUAACCAUCCCAGGAUCAGAUCAGCCAAGCCCAGGCGUCCGUCUAAUUCUUCCGCCGAUGGAUCAUCGAACAUGACCGCCGGCGAACCACGUGGUGUCACUGUGACGGCCGAUAGUCCGAGACUUAACGCCUCCGGUAAAAUCGUGUUUCACGGACUGGAAAGAAGCUCGAGCAGCCCCGGAAGCUUCACCGGCGGACCCAGAAUGAAGCAGCACCAUGGAAUGCCCAGAUCGUACUCGGCUAAUGUCAGAAUCACGCCGGUGCUCAAUGUCCCGGUUUCUUCGCUUAAGUCUGGCCUCUUCUUCGGACAGCUUUUCUCUUCGUCUUCGUCUUCUUCGUCUGCAUCGUCUUCUUCUUCGUUGUCUUCUCCGUCUCCGGGGAACAAAUCGCAGUUACAGAGCAACGGCAAGAACCGGACCAAUCGAACCAGGCUUGAACCAAAAUGCGAACAAUAAGAAGUUAACCGGAUCGAGUCAGUAACUUAGAACCGCUAAGUGUUUUUUUCAGAGAUAGGAAUCAUAUUAACGCUUUUUUUUUUG